UUACCAUCUGACAAUAGCAGCCCCCCAGGAGAGCCCUGCGCCAAAACCCGCCAUCGCUAUGAUGUCGCCUUUCUUUACACGACCACCUGAUAUCUGAGGAGAAGCAACAACUGAUGAUGUCCCGACGUCUUGCGUUCUGCCUACAGCUUCUGCGAGGGCGAUAGGAAUUGAUGCGGCAGAGGUGUUGCCGUACUUUUCCAAAUUCGCCAGAACCUGACAGCCACAACACAGUCGUCCUUGGCACGGUCUCUCAUUAGCAGUACUUCACCUUGUCUCUGGACAGCCCCAAUCGAUCAGCCACUGAGUCCAUGAUCCGGAUAUUCGCCUCGAAGAGCAACGUCAAGCGCACAUCUACCUUUGCGGACGUUUUGUGUGCAUUGGCUUCUGUUUCGCUCACUUGGUGCAGUAGCAGCCAAUCCACCUGCUCGAUCGUAAUGCCUGCAUGGUCCAGGGCCUCCUGGAUCGCUGUAGGGACCUCUCGGGUGGCAAAUUUGAAGACCUCUCUACCAUGGAGGUAGCCAACAUUUGAAUGUGUGACAAGUGCGGUCUUCCCACAUUCAUUACCUCCCAUUCAUGUAUAUCGGUUUGUAAGACCCCCUUGUCACGACAUGAUGGUCACCGAACUCUGACGUGUUCAAUACGUGAUCGCUCCCUCCGUAUGCCAGGGUCAGCUGUUCACGCCGUCUGCCAUCACUGGUCAGACAAAUGUUACAAAUUCUGAAUCAAGAGGUGACGACUCAGGCCUCUCACCUCUUCAUUGAGAAGCCAAGGAUUCCAGCCUGGUCAGUUGGUGAGGCAGCCUGACACAUCGCACGUGAAGGCGCCUUUUCGCUGUUCGACGUUGUGGGUGUAGUUAUUGACCUGCAGAACAGCGGCUCCCGCCCCAUCUCCGAAUAGAAUACAGGUGUUCCUGUCCGACCAGUCAACCCAUCUCGAUAAAGCGUCAGCACCGAUCAGCAACACGUUGCGAUACACUCCCGUCUGAAUGAACUGACUCGCUGAAGGUAAGCAACACAAGGGACGAAGCGGAAGGACCUUUUGAUGCUGUGCCCGUGUACCUGACCUGUCACCAUGCCGAAGAGAAAUCCAGAGCAGGCUGCCGUCAAGUCAAACGCAACUGCAUGGAGCACAGGAAGACUCUUCAAACGCUCCUCAUCCAAGCUCUCGUUUUUUUACCGGCACCGCACGCGCCGAUGGCAUUGGCCACAUAAGUAGCGUCUCCAAACAAAUCAUCGGGUGACGAUGUGGCCAAUAUGACGAGAUCGACAUCCUUGGCUUUCAGUCCACACAUGGACAGUGCGUCACGAGAAGCAGAUGCGGCCAGAUCCUACAACGAGUGCCAGUACAGAUUGUCACCAGAUCGACAUGGCAUGCGCUCACUUGCAGGGACGACUCUCCGUUGAGUAUCCGCCUCUUCUUUAUGCCUGUUCUCGUCUGAAUCCACUGCAGCCUCACAUGUCAUCAAUUGGUGAGCAGUAACUCGAUCCGUGGUUGGCUUACUUCAUCCGUGGUCUCCACGACCUUUUCCAGGUCGGCAUUGGUGAGCUCGGCAGUGGGUACAGCAUAUCCGACACCGACGGCCUUACAAGAGACAAAAGCGGGUGUGCCCUUCCGGGGGAUUGGGAGGGAACGGCCAUCGUGGACAGCAGCACUGACGGGAUCGCUUGCACAAGGUGAAGUGCUUGUGGUUGGACUAGCGCCAUCAGCUGAGGGCAACAGAAUGAAAGCGGCAUGCUCGCUCUGCCCCCGGGCUCUUCCUACCUGACUGAAGUAUUUGCAGUCCUCUACGUCUCAACAAAUGCACACGAUUUGAAAAAGCUGGCGUGUGGAAAGCAAGAUGACGACCUGACACCGACCAGACGUCAGCGAAGGCCGUACCCGGCUGAAUUGCCGAUAAAGCAUGAACGAAAUAGAAGAUGCCAAUUCUCGUCAGCAU